AUGGUGAGUGACGACUACUAUCUUCAUGAAGAUCUCAUGGAGGAGAUCAUGGUGAGGUUGCCAGUAAAAUCUUUGCUUCGAUUCAAAUGUGUAGCCAAAUCCUGGUAUGCUCUAAUCACAGACCCUUCUUUUAUCUCCAAACAUCUUGAACGGUCUAAUUCUAUCAGUAAGAAUCUCCACCUCAAGCUUAUCUUCCAAUUGUUCAGUCAAUAUCUGCCAGUCACCAUAUCUCUGAUUUCUAAUAUAGAGCAACCUCGUGUGAUCCGAAACUUAGAAUUGCCUUGCUCUACCAACGAUUUGAAAUGGAUAUUAGUUUAUGGUCAGUGUAAUGGGAUUUUCUUUCUCUGUGGAGAUUAUGAAGGAGAUGUUCGGUGCUUAAUUUUGUGGAACCCAGCAACAAAGGAGGUGAAGGCUAUCCCUACGUCUCAAAGGCAACCCAAAGGGAUAAAUCCCACCAACUUUGGAUUUGGGUUUGAUCCCAUCACAAAGGAUUACAAGCUUGUUCGAUUUCCAAUCUGUCCAGUGGAAAAAAAUGACCAACCACUAGUUGAAGUGUACAAUCUCAGUACUAAUUCUUGGAGAAAAAUAGAUGCUGAUGUCUCCUUUUUUGAAUUCCCCUAUUCAUAUAGAGGUCCUUAUUUGAAUGGGGCUUACCAUUGGUUAUGUCGUGACCUUGAUGAGAUCAAUAAGUUUAUCGUGAGUUUUGAUUUUAGCAAAGAGGUUUUUAAGAUUAUCCAGAGUCCUCCUGGGAUUACUUCCUCUCCUACUGAGAAUAAUCUUCUUACUACAAUGGAUGAGAGUCUUGCUUGGUUUGUUAAGUAUGACUCGAUUGAGCUUCGUGUUGAGAUUUGGGUGAUGAAUGAGUAUGGUGUUGAGAGCAGUUGGAGUAAGAAGUUUGUGGUUCGACCAUUCUCUGAGUCUUGGCACAUCUUAGGGUUUUGGGGAGACAAUGAGAUUCUUGUUUAUGAAAACAUUAGUGGUCAAAUGAUUUCAUAUAAUUUUCGGAAUGGACAGAGGCAGAGGUUGCAAAACCACUUUCCAACCAUGACAAUGAUGGAUUAUGUGGAAAGUUUGUGUCCUCUGGGAGGAAAGGGGAAAUACCAAAAAAUAUGA